AUGGCGACCUCAUUUCUGUCUCCAACCCUUCAAAUCCUACAGAAACAACAAACAUUAAAAACCCUAAUUCCGGCACCCUCUCAACGCAGAUACCGUUUACUUCUGCAACUACCUCGAUCAUCGAUGGUCCCAAUUCAUCGGAAUAACAAUCAAUAUCGAGAUUCUCAGCGUUUUUCAUCAUCAAGCAAUGACUGGUCGUUUGAAGAAAGAAUUGAAGAAGCUCUUGGUAUAUUGGAUUUAAUGGAAUCACAAGGAAUUGAACCUGAACCUAAUUUGUUCUGUACUCUCCUGAAGAGCUGUGCUGAGGCGGAGAAUAUUGAAUUAGGUAAAACGAUUCACUCUAAGAUAGUUGGAACACAAUUAGAAAACAAUGCUUAUGUUGUGAAUAAUCUCAUUAAUUUAUAUUCAAAAUGUGGAUGUUUAGAAACUGCUCGUGAACUGUUUGAUAAUAUGUCUGCUAGGAAUACUGUGUCUUGGACUAGUAUUAUUUCUAUGUAUAGUCAGUAUGGUUUCCAUGAAGAAGCUCUGCGCCUUUACAAUUCCAUGAAAUUUGAUCCAAGAAUUAGACCUAAUCUUUUUACGUAUACAAUAGCAUUGAGUUCUUGUGCUAAGAUUCAGAAUUUGAAAAUGGGUAUUCAAAUUCAUGAAGAUUUGGUUAAAGAUGGGUGUGAAAAUGAUGAUUUUAUUGUCACGACAUUGAUUGAUUUUUAUUCUAAAUGUGGGAAGACCGAUAAUGCACGUCGGGUAUUUGAUAGGAUUCAAGUACCAACAAUUCCUAAUUGUACAGGAAUGAUUGAUGGUUAUACGGUGAAUAACCGAAGUAAGGACGCGAUCAACUUAAUUAGAAGGAUCUUGAGGUCUGGGUUUGAUUUGAAGAUGGUUAAAGAUUUGGGCUUUACUUGUUUGCUUAGACCUUGUACUAACGAAAAACUGCUUAAACAAGGUCAAGAAAUUCAUGUAAACAUGAUUAAAUUUGGGUAUAAACCCGGAGCGCAGACAAUCAUUUCUCUAGUUAACCUAUACGAGAAAUGUGACAAAAUGGUAACUGCUCGUCGUUUAUUUGAUGAGUUGAUUGAGAAGCAUGUAGGGUUAUGGGCAAGAAUGAUAGCUGGGCAUGUAAGAAAUGGAUUGAACCAUGAAGCUAUGGAGUUAUAUUUUGAAAUGAUUUGUGAAGAUGUUGAACCAAAUCCUUUUGCACUUUCUUCUGCUAUUAGUGCUUGUAUUGCUACAUCAGGUCUGAAAGAUGGGAAGGAAAUACAUGGUCGAGCAAUUAAAUCUGGUUGUAGGUUAUCAGAAGAUGUUAUUGUAGUUAGCCUUGUGAAGUUUUACAGUGAGUUUGAGCUGCUUGAGGAUGUGCAAAAGGUUGUUAGAUGCCAUAGGGAGCAAGUAUAUCCAUGA